AUGAGUGGAUUCCAAAUUCCUGAGAAGCGUGAGCAGCUUAUCAUUAUGGCCAAACUGGCCGAGCAGUGUGAGCGGUAUGACGAGAUCCUUGUCUGCAUGAAGCGUGUGGUGAAGAUGAAUCCCGUUCUCUCAUCAGAGGAACGCAAUCUCCUUUCAGUGGCGUACAAGAAUGUGAUUGGAGCCCGCCGUGCAUGCUGGCGCAGCAUCACCGCUCUUGAGCAGAAGGAAGAUCUCAAGAAGGAGAAGAAUGUCACUCUCAUCAAGGGAUUUAAAAAGCAAAUUGAGAAGGAGCUGAGUGAUAUCUGCACAGACAUUCUUGAAUUGAUUGAGAAACACCUCCUCCCCCACGCCGACACGGACGAGACAAAGGUAUAUUAUCUCAAGAUGAAGGGUGACUACCACCGCUACUAUGCCGAGAUUGAGACCAACUCGGAAGAACAGAAGAACAAGGCGUUGGAGGCCUACACGCAGGCCCUGCAGUACAACUCUUCCCUCAAGCCAACAAGCCCCAUCCGCCUCGGCCUCGCGCUGAACUUCUCUGUCUUCUACUAUGAGAUAUUAAAGAGCCCCGAUCGUGGCUGCCAACUCGCCCGGCAGGCCUUUGAGGAGGCCCUCAGCGACCCGGACGUGCUGGACGAGGAACAGCACAAGGAGGCCGCUCUCAUCAUGCAGCUGCUGCGGGACAAUCUCGCGCUCUGGACAGAGGACGCCCACCCGGAGGGACAGGACGACGGCACCGCCAUGGAGGAACUCGAGUAG